AUGAAGCUCAACAUCUCGAAUCCCACGACGGGGAUGCAGAAGCUGGUAGAGAUCGACGACGACAAGAAGCUGUACCCGCUCUUCGACAAGCGCAUGGCCAGCGAGGUUUCGGGCGACUCUUUGGGAGAUGAGUUCAAGGGUUACGUCUUUCGCAUUGGUGGUGGCAACGACAAGCAGGGCUUCCCCAUGAAGCAGGGCGUGAUGAGCAACAACCGUGUGCGUCUCCUUUUCAAGAAGGGGAUGUCCUGCUACCGUGAGCGCCGUUCCGGCUGCCGCAAGCGCAAGUCGGUUCGAGGCUGCAUCGUGGGCCCGGACCUGGCUGUUCUGCACCUGGUGCUGGUGAAGAAGGGCGCAGAGGACAUCCCAGGCCUCACUGACGACCAGAAGCCCCGCCGCCUUGGCCCAAAGAGGGCCUCCAACAUUCGAAAGCUGUUCGGCUUGGAGAAGAAGGACGAUGUCAGGCAGUUCGUGGUCCGCCGCGAGAUCAAGGAGGGCAAGAAGACCAAGGCACCCAAGAUUCAGCGCCUCAUUACGCCCCAGCUUCUCCAGAGGAAGCGCUACUUCAAGGCCAUCACCCGAAAGCGCAUGGAGGCCGGAAAGGAGGCCAAGGCCGCCUACGCCCAGCGCGUCAUCGAGUACCACCACGAGCAGAAGGAGGUCAAUCGGCAGACCGAAAAGGCUUCGAAGUCCUUUCGGCGGAAGCAUGGCUUGAAGCGAGUGGGUAGCCAAGGGCUGGAAAAGCUCCAGUCUCAUCGCAUGACGUGGCAUGUUGCAGGGCGACGGCUCAAAGCGAGAGCUGAGCAGAGUGAGUUCUUUGCUACUCCAAGGAGGGCCUUUCUGGCCAAUACAGCGGACGCGCCAGCCUUCGGAAUGAAAGCAGUGGGGCACGAGGCUUUGGACUGGUUGUCGGAGGCGCCGCUCUGGCACUGGGAGCCGAGAGUUUCUGUUGGAAGGCAGGAGAGGACCAAAGGGAGUGCCACCUCGCUCCGUGCUGUGACAGAGGUCGCGCAGGUGAAGUUGUCCAAGAUCACUGGUGGGAAAGCCACGCCAGCCCCACCAGUGGGCCCUGCCAUUGGGGCAUUCGGCUUGAACAUCGCCAUGUUCGUGAAGGAGUACAAUGCUUUGACUGCAGACAAGGUCGGCCAGACCUGCCCUUGCAUCGUCCAUGUAAUGAGCGACAAGAGCUUCAAGAUCGAGCUGAAGACACCGCUCACAGCUGCGCUCCUUCACAAGGCCGUGAACAAACAGAAAGGCUCUGGCAAAGCAGGCACAGACAUCAUCGGCAGCAUCACCGUCGAAAAGUUGGAGGAGAUUGCGAAGAUGAAGCUGCCGGACUUGAACUGCGAGGACAUCACCCGAGCCAUGAAGAUCGUGCAUGGAACGGCCGUGGCCUCCGGCAUCAAAGUCGAAGGCUACGAGGAGUGGAUGGAGACCGCUGUGCCGAAGCCAAAGACAAUCAUGGACAGAUACGGUCCAGGAGUGGCCAAGUUGCCGGCACCGUGGGGAGAGGGGCCGCCACUGGAGGCUGCUGGAGACGAAGCAGCUGAGCCGGUUGAAGCAGCUGAACCAGUUGAAGCAGCUGAAUAG